UGUCUACAAGCACUCGCCUUUUAAUUCACAUUCAUUCCGUUUCAGACGCUAACAAGCUGCGAUAGACACCAUCAGAGUCGAAGGUCUCUAAUCAUUACUAUGUUGGAAUACUUGAAAACUGGAACUUGGGAGGACUGGACAUUAUAUCGAAGGGAAAUUGUAUAGGGUACAAAUACGCUAUAGGACUACAUCUUUCUUAAGCAGUUAUUCCUCUUUUUUCACAUUUAUUUUUUAUUUAAAUUAAUUUGUUUUAAUUUGUAGCGCUGAUUUCAAAUUAAGACUGGGCAAAGUGAUGUAUUAAUGUUGUGUAUUGUGGGCUAUAGCGACGCAUCUAAAGCGCACCUGCGCCUCGAUCUUGACCAAACAAUUUAUUUUAGCUGGCUAACAAAAAGUAUCACAUGCUACCAUAUGUCGCCGUACAAUGACAAUUGUCAACUAUAUUGGAUAGAGACUGGGUGGCUACAGCUAUAGAGUGGUUUAUUGUUUUGAAACCAUCCUUUCUCAAAUUCGUCAUUGUCCAUGGAUAGCCUACUGUUGAUCCAGAAACUCCACAAUCACAGUAAGUAAGGGAGUACUAGCCUAGGUCCAAAUACAAACAGUGAGAUCAGACUGCAUAUUUUUUUGUCCAUUCGGAUGGUGUGCAUAUUUUUUUGUCCAUUCGGAUGGGGUGCUGUCUUCCACCGGAGUCUGUUACAAGUUGUUACAUUGGCAGCAGCUGUCAAACCCUUAGGAUCCUUCCCCUUGAGCAACAAGAGCAACAACAGGCUCAGUUAAGGCAGGUAGGCCUAUUGCGCAUGACAGUGUGCGGGACAGCUCCAGAGAGGGAAAUUUAAAAACGGUUUUUCGGAAACAAGUGCAGCACAGUGAAAGCACAGUAGACCACACGGACUCGUCAACAACUAAUAUUUUCUGCAGAUUAUCCUGAACAGCAUUAUCAAAUAUCCCAGGAAAUGAUAGAAAGUGGAAUUACAUCCAGGAUGUCAGGAGUUCUAGAAAAUUCAGGUCAUCAUCCCUCUCCACAAGAUUACAGACUUCUGACCACAGACCCCUCCCAGCUUCAAGAGGAUCUCCCUGGGGAACUGCAGUCUCUGUCAUGGCUCACAUCUGUAGACGUUCCCCGGCUGCAGCAGAUGGCCGAUGGUCGCGGUGGUGGUGGAGGAGACUUCAACAGGCCUUCCCAGGGGCAGGGGGGCAGCCUGCUUGAGCAGCAGACAGCUCAGCUGAACAACAUGACCAUGGCAGGGGGACAGGGAGCCAUGAUCCACCUACAGAGCAACAUGCAGCACAGCCCCCUGGGAAUUAACGUCAUCACCGCCCACAGCGGAAAUAUGUCUCCAUUCUCCAUGAAUGGGCAGCCCUCCCCGGGGUACCAAUGCCCUGCCUCUGCCUACCAACCUACAGCCCAACAAGUUUUCACUCUGACCCAGGCUAGCCAGCAGUGUUCUCCUGCUGGGUUCUAUAGCAAUGUCUCCUUCAACAACCAAAACCUGUUCACACAGCCGCGCCUGGCUCCACAAAACCAGGACCUACAGCCCAAGUCUUUCCCCAAGCCCAUCUACUCCUACAGCUGUUUGAUUGCUAUGGCUCUGAAGAACAGCAAGACGGGCAGUCUCCCUGUCAGCGAGAUCUACAGCUUUAUGAAGGAGCAUUUCCCCUACUUUAAGACAGCACCAGACGGAUGGAAGAACUCAGUCCGACACAACCUGUCUCUAAACAAAUGCUUUGAGAAGGUGGAGAACAAGAUGAGCGGCUCCUCGCGUAAGGGCUGCCUCUGGGCCCUGAACCCGGCCAAGAUCGACAAGAUGGAGGAGGAGAUGCAGAAGUGGAAGCGCAAGGACCUGCCAGCCAUCCGUCGCAGCAUGGCCAACCCAGAUGAGUUGGACAAGCUGAUCACAGACCGGCCAGAGAGCUGCAGACGAAAGCCCAUGGACCCUGGGAUGACCCGUCUCCCCAGCUGUCCGUCCGGCCUAACCCUGCCUGUCCCAUGCCAGAUGCAGCCCCAGCCCGUGGUCACCCUGUCCCUGCAGUGCCUGCCCAUGCACCAGCACCACCAGCUUCAUGCCCAGCUCCAGGCCAAUGCCCAGGCCAGGCUGGCCUCGGUAUCCCCCGCCCAGACACCCCCCCUCCACACCGUUCCUGACCUCUCCCACAGCCCUCUCGCCACCGAGCAUCCCGGCAAGCAGGCUCAUGACUUCUACAGUCUCCACGGUGACGUCAACGCAGAGGUGGACGCACUGGACCCCAGCAUCAUGGACUUCGCUCUACAAGGUAACCUGUGGGAGGAGAUGAAAGACGACAGCUUUAACCUGGAAGCGUUGGGCACCUUCAGUAACUCUCCUCUGCGUUUGUCUGACUGUGACCUGGGCGCCAUGACCGGCAGCCUCCCUCCUGUCUCCAGUGGAGGCAGCAUGCCCUUCUCAGACCUACAGGCGACGGGCCUGUUCACCUCAUACGCCGCCCUGGACGCACUCUCCUCCCAGUACGUGGGCACGCCAGGCAACAGCAAGCCCAUCACCGCCCUGCUUUAAUGAAAACAUCCCCACCACAGAGUGGAAGUCAAAGAUAGAGCUGUACUGAUGCAUCACCAACAGAAUCAAAAUAACUUAUUUUGUUUUGCACAGUGGCUCUACUUGUCGAUCCCACUCCUGGCACCAAAAAACCCCCCUCAUCUUCUUUGACUGAAAAGCGUGAACCCUCAUUGGUUUUCUCUGUCCACAAUGACAGUGCAACUUGUGUUGCCGUCCCCAAGCCACUACUUCAGAUGGGAGAAAGAGGUCCAUUUGGAGACUGAUUUGAUCAAAAUAAUUUAAAAACCACACACAUACAGGGUCUUCGGAAAGUAUUCAGACCCCUUCACUUUUUUCACAAUUCAUUACAUUACAGCCUUAUUCUAAAAUUGAUUAAAAUCAGUCUACACACAAUACCCCAUAAUGACAAAACAAAACAGGUUUUGGCAAAAUUUAGCUAAUUAAAAUAAUAAAUAAAUGGAAGUAUCACAUUUACAUAAGUAUUCAGACCCUUUACACAGUACUUUGUUGAAGCACCUUUGGCAGUGAUUGGCAGCAUUGAUUCUUCUUGGGUAUGACGC